GGAUUUGGCGCCCCCCCUCCUAGGAUCUCUCUAUAUAAGGCAAGCAGUCCGGACUCCCGAUACACGCGUUUCCAACUUGAGUUGGUGUGUGUCGAAGAAUCCUGACCAACUACGACCUGGGGAGAGCAGCCAACCGAGAAGGUCCACCGAGCCUCGCCUAGGUCUGCUGCGCGGGCUGCGGUCCGGAGCCUUCUCCGGACCGCGGUCACCCAGUGGACCGGGCCGUCGCGGGACCCCUCAUCCUUCGUGGCAUCGCAGAGGAAUCCUCGUGUGGAACAGGCGGGUUUUAAGAACCAAAAGACGCCAACCACGAGGGUCCCAGGAUCCAGGGCUCCCUCCCCAGGGGAGUGAAGCCCCUCUCACCGCAGCCAUGGCUGCUGCGGGUGGUUCCUCCAACUGCCCGCCCCCUCCCCCUCCCCCUCCUCCCAACAACAACAACAACAACAACACCCCAAAGAGCCCAGGCGUGCCUGACGCCGAAGAUGAUGAUGAACGCAGACACGAUGAGCUCCCUGAAGACAUCAACAACUUUGACGAAGACAUGAACAGGCAGUUUGAGAAUAUGAACCUGCUGGAUCAGGUGGAGUUGCUUGCACAGAGCUACAGUCUGCUGGAUCAUUUAGAUGACUUUGAUGAUGAUGAUGAAGACGAUGACUUUGAUCCAGAACCUGACCAGGAUGAGCUCCCUGAGUACAGUGACGAUGAUGACCUGGAGCUUCAGGGUGCUGCAGCAGCCCCUAUCCCAAACUUUUUCUCCGAUGAUGACUGCCUUGAAGACCUUCCUGAGAAGUUCGAUGGCAACCCUGACAUGCUGGGUCCUUUCAUGUAUCAGUGCCAGCUCUUCAUGGAAAAGAGCACCAGAGAUUUCUCAGUUGACCGCAUCCGUGUGUGCUUCGUGACAAGCAUGCUGAUCGGCCGUGCCGCCCGCUGGGCUACUGCCAAGCUGCAAAGAUGUACUUACCUGAUGCACAACUACACUGCCUUUAUGAUGGAGCUGAAGCAUGUCUUUGAAGACCCUCAGAGACGUGAAGCUGCCAAACGCAAGAUCAGACGUCUGCGCCAGGGCCCUGGGCCUGUUGUGGACUACUCCAAUGCAUUCCAGAUGAUUGCCCAGGACCUGGAUUGGACUGAGCCUGCCCUGAUGGAUCAGUUCCAGGAAGGUCUCAACCCAGACAUUCGCGCAGAGCUGUCUCGCCAGGAGGCCCCCAAGACCCUGGCUGCUCUGAUUACUGCCUGUAUUCACAUCGAGAGAAGGCUGGCUCGUGACGCUGCUGCAAAGCCCGAUCCUUCACCCAGAGCCUUGGUGAUGCCUCCAAACAGCCAGACCGAUCCCACCGAGCCUGUGGGAGGUGCCCGCAUGCGCCUGUCCAAGGAAGAAAAGGAGAGACGCCGCAAAAUGAAUUUGUGUCUCUACUGUGGCAAUGGAGGCCAUUUCGCCGACACGUGUCCAGCGAAAGCCUCCAAGAAUUCGCCGCCGGGAAACUCCCCGGCCCCGCUGUAGGGGGACCUUCAGCGACAGGGCCAGAACGAAUAAGGUCCCCACCCUCCGAGGCUUCGACUCAGCACCUGCAAGUGAUGCUCCAGAUUCAUAUGCCGGGCAGACCCACCCUGUUUGUCCGAGCUAUGAUUGAUUCUGGUGCAUCUGGCAACUUCAUUGAUCAAGACUUUGUCAUACAAAAUGCAAUUCCUCUCAGAAUCAAAGACUGGCCAGUGAUGGUGGAAGCUAUUGAUGGGCAUCCAAUUGCCUCGGGCCCAAUCAUUUUGGAAACCCACCACCUGAUAGUUGAUCUGGGAGACCACCGUGAGAUACUGUCAUUUGAUGUGACUCAGUCUCCAUUCUUUCCUAUUGUCCUAGGAAUUCGUUGGCUGAGCACGCAUGACCCUCACAUUACCUGGAGUACCCGCUCCAUUGUCUUCAACUCUGAUUACUGCCGACUUCGCUGCCGGAUGUUUGCACAGAUACCUUCUAACUUACUGUUUACAGUGCCACAACCGAAUUUGCAUCCGUAUCUACUUCAUCAUGUGCAUCCGCAUGUCCAUCCGCAUAUGCAUCAGCAUCUGCAUCAGCAUCUGCAUCAGUUUCUGCAUCCAGAUCCGCAUCAGUAUCCGCAUCCGGAUCCGCAUUAUCAUCAUCAUCAGCAGGCGGAUAUGCAGCACCAACUGCAGCAGUAUCUAUAUCAGUAUUUGUAUUACCAUCUGUAUCCGGUUAUGCACCACCAUCUGCCUCCAGAUCAGCAUGAGCAUCUGCAUGAGUAUCUGCAUCAGUAUCUGCAUCAGUAUCUGCAUCAGUUUCUGCAUCACCAUCUGCAUCCGGAUCUGCAUCAGUAUCUGUAUCAGUAUCUGCAUAACCAUAUGAAUCCGGAUCCACAUCACCAUCCUCAUCCAGAUCCCCCUCAGGAUCCACAUCACCCUCCACAUCAGGAUCCACAUCAGCAUCCGGAUCCCCAUCAGGAUCCUCCACAUCAGGAUCCACAUCAGCAUCCGGAUCCCCAUCAGGAUCCUCCACAUCAGGAUCCACAUCAGCAUCCGGAUCCCCAUCAGGAUCCUCCACAUCAGGAUCCACAUCAGGAUGCACAUCAGCAUCAGGAUCCCCAUCAGGAUGCACAUCAGGAUCCACAUCAGGAUGCACAUCAGGAUCCCCAUAUGGAUCCACACCUGCAUCAGCACCAGCAUCCGCAGCCGCAGCCGCAUCCACAACAGCAUCCUAACCAUCCUCAGCAGCCACCAUUCUUCUACCACAUGGCUGGAUUCAGAAUUUACCACCCUGUAAGGUAUUACUAUAUUCAGAAUGUGUAUACACCUGUUGAUGAGCAUGUCUAUCCGGGUCACCGGGUGGUUGACCCUAACAUUGAGAUGAUUCCUGGAGCGCACAGCCUGCCCAGUGGACAUUUGUACUCAAUGUCUGAGUCUGAAAUGAAUGCUCUGCGAAAUUUCGUGGACAGGAAUGUUAAAGAUGGGCUCAUGACUCCCACUGUGGCGCCCAAUGGAGCCCAAGUCCUGCAAGUGAAAAGAGGGUGGAAACUCCAAGUCACUUACAAUUGCCGAGCUCCACAGAGUGGCACCAUCCAAAAUCAGUACCUACGCAUGUCUCUUCCAAAUAUGGGAGACCCUGCACACCUGGCAAGCUAUGGUGAAUUUGUCCAAGUUCCUGGCUACCCAUAUCCAGCCUAUGUUUACUAUACAAGCCCGCAUAUGAUGACUGCGUGGUACCCAGUAGGACGAGAUGUACAUGGACGAAUAAUCGUUGUGCCUGUUGUAAUCACCUGGUCUCAAAAUACGAACCGCCAGCCUCCGGUGCCCCAGUAUCCUCCUCCGCAGCCACCUCCACCACCACCACCACCUCCACCGCCACCACCACCUCCACCAGCAUCAUCCUGCAGUGCUGCGUAGAACCUGUCAUGUCCUUUGUAGUCUCUGCCCUCAACUUGAUCCUGUGCAGCUUCUCAAUCUAUGACUGUGUGGUACUGGACCUUCAGAGGCGCACAGAGCUCAAGUCAGUUUUCGUCUUGACUGCCACUUUAUAAGUUGACAGGCCUGGGUUUUACUUGUUAAAACCUCUCACCAUCUCAAUCACAGGCUGCCAAGUGUCUUUACAAAGAAGCUGAUACAAACACAGGCCAUGCUGAUUUCUUACAGAGGGAGAGAAGAGGAAGAGAAGAAGAAAGAGGAGGAAGAGGACAUGACUUGCCCAUAUGCUGGGCACCUUAUAAAGGAAGCCAGACUUUUCGGUGCAGUAUGGAAAGGCUUCCGUGAUUCUCUUGCUGCACCCCACGAAACUUCACCACCUUCAAACUCCAUUUUCACGGUUCCGUUAAUUUUCAAGGAGCAGCAACUCGACUGGUUCUCUGCUACAUGAAACACCUCAGCUUGAAAAGGAAGUGCUCUCUCAGACUGACUUGUGAGUGUGCCUUCACAUUCUGGUGCAAAUCAUGUGUACCCAAGAACUCUGACAUAGCAUCUUACCAUCAUCAUGCCAGGAAUUGGUUUCCUUAAAGUGUGACACUUGGCAACCAGAAGCGUCUGGUGGCUUCAGGUGUGUUAGGGUUUUGUAGAAAGUUGUAACCACCUCUCAGUCAUGCAAGAGGGUACAUCAAAAAGACUUCUAAAUUUGGUACCCAGACUUUGACAAGAGCCUGUGAGUUAGUUCAUUGUAACCAACUUGUCAGGAACUUCAGCAAGAAUUUUCAUGAAUGUUGUUAAUUGGCUGGAGAAAUACCAGCAAAGUUUUGCAAUCAUCCACCCAUUUGUCUGCCAUUGUGCAUCUGGACAUCCAUCAACCGCCCACUCAGUGGCAUCUACCAUGAAGAUGUUUAGAGACGGGAAAUGAUUUUGCACCCAGAUCCACACUCCUCUCAUGUCAGAUAUUUGGAAUUAGAGCACCGGGAAUCGUCUUGAAGAUAUGAACUUCUAAGAAUGGAGUCUCUUGCUACUACCUUGAAACAUUUGUUUAUCCUCUCUUUCUGUUUGAUUCUACUACUACCAUUAACCCUGCUGCAGGAUUUGUCACCAUUCUGCCUGACUGCUGAGACUCCAUUUUGCUGCUAUGCAAGGAGAUGAAAGAGGCAGGCCUAAAGGAGCAGUAGGACAUAACAUGGUUUUUAUUUCUAUCUGUCAUGAUCUUAAUGGUGAAGUUUCCUUUUUCGUCAGCAUUUAUCUCUUUGUUAUCCUGACAUGUUUUAAUUAGUUUAGUGGGUUUUUUUUUUCUAUUGGUGGUGGUGUUCUUUUGUUGUUGUUUUUUGUGGUCGUCAUUUUGAUUUUGGAUCACUUCGUGUUUUACAGUAAUUACUUUUAAAUGGUGCAUUUGCUUCUGAUUUUUUUUUUUUAUGAAGCAUCACAUCAGUUUACCUCAUAUCUCAAUUCCAUCCUUCAUGCAUUUUUUUUUUAACUCAUUUGAUCUUCAAGCUGCAGAGGGCCUAGCAAUGGGUCAUCACCUGCAGCCCUGGCAUGUACACACGGACAUUUGCCACCACUGAAAGCAAACAGUUGGAGAAGUUGGCCACCUGAGUCAAGGAGGUGGUGCUGGUGUGAGUUCACAGCUCACAGGGGACGGUGAACGUUGACAUUGACUUUGGCAGUGUGUACUAUGCUCUACUCCUAUAUAUACUCUAUAGAUGUUAGGCAUUAAGGAUAAGUGAUCUUAAAUUUACUGAAAUUUUGUUAAGUUGAUUAGAUUUACAUUAAUUGUUUAUAUUGUGUUUUUUCUUUUAUUUUAGCACUUCCAACAAAAAUGCCUUUAUUCAUUUAUUAGGAAGAAAUUGGAGUGGCGAACACAAACUAGCAAAAUUAAUUAAUUGGCUGUGGGCCCAAAUUUGAAUUCCUUAUUAAUUCAAAGUGAAGGAAGUGUGAGAGUUUCUAUUGCUGGUCAUGAAGUUCACCACGAAGAGUCAGUUUAGUUUGUACCGAGAGGCAUUUAGCUGAGAGUGAUUUGAGUUGGGCAUCUCUAUGAUGCAGUCCAGACUUGUGUUUAAGUUUACAGGUACCUCUUGGACUCCUGAAUUGAUCUCGAUGUCACACAUCAUCGACAUCCCGCAUCCCACACAGUUCCAAGAUUGGCGACAGAGAGCAUCCUGUUGGAGAGACCUGACCAGUCACGAAGGACCGCCUGCAGACUCUUCUGCAGGACCAUGCUACAUAUUCAGCUGGAGAGGGAACACGCAUCUGAUGGGAAUGGAUUGUUUUUGCUUGUUUCAGAAUUUUGCUGUUGAGAUGUUGUUAAACUUUGCAUUGUUUUUCUUUUUUCUUUUUUUUUCCCUAUAGUCAAUUAAGAAUAAGGGGUAGAUAAUCAUAAGUAUUUUGGGCUGGGAGGGAUUGUUAAGUAAUCUUAGGUGGGUGGGUAAUUUAGGAAAUUAAGUUAGGAUAAGAUAGGAUAAGAUAAGAUAAGCUAGGAUAAGUUAGAUAAAUUAGGAUAAGUUAGAUAAGUUAGGAUAAAUUCCAUAAGAUAGGAUAAGUUCCAUAAGAUAGGAUAAGUUAGUUCACAUAGGAUAAGCAUAGGAUAAGUUAGAUCACAUAGGAUAAGUUAGAUCACAUAGGAUAAGUUAGAUCAAAUACCUCAACAAGUGGACGAGUGUACUUAUUGGUCCCUUACCCCUACCAACUUUACCUUUAAGGCCGAGCUCAGAGGGAACUACAGGGAAAUCAGUGUUAGGAGUGAAUUGGACAUGGAUGACAUUCUAGUGAAGGUUAGGACGAUUAGAGUAAUCUAAUACAGGCUCUGGGAAUUAACUCAAGGGAUUUUAGGAAUGCCAGAUGACAGUCAUCAUUUGAUAAAACUGUUGCUGGAAUAAAGUUUAGAAUGUUGAAUGGUAAAUGUUAAUGGAAAUUGUACGAAAAUGAAUAAAAGCUCUUUCCAUACCCCUCCCCCUCCCUACCCCACUCUUUCUUUCCUCCCCCCCUCCAUAACCUACCCCUUCUCCCAAACACACCCCUCCAUUUCCUAACUCACCACGUCUCCCCUUCCACUCCCUAACCCACCCCUUCUUCCCUCCCUCCCUCCAGAACCCGCCCCCAUCUUCCCCCUCCCUAACACACCCCUUCUUCCUUUCCCCCUCCAACCCCACCCUUCAAACUAUAUUACUGUAUUCUCUUUAUUAUAUUUCUUUGUAUUAAUAAAACUGUAUUGAUGUUACAAUAAAAAUUCAAUAAAUAAAGACUUAGUGGUUAAGGCAAA